GAUUUCUCACAGUCUGUUUUAACGGGUCAGCUGGAAACCAUACAACUCGGAAGUGAUUUUAAAUAUAUUUACCAGAAGUUAUAAACGAAAAUGAAAGUGUUCGCGGCGGUUUUUCUUUGCAUUCUGAUUGCCCACGAGGCCAGAGCCCAGUACUCUCGAUGCCUGAAUCCCAACCAAAGGCAGGGACUUUGUGUGCACAUUAAUGAUUGUCAGACACUGUACUCCGUGUUGAAGCAGGCCAAAUUAACUGAUUUGGAAAAGAAGUUCAUCAGGAACUCGGCCUGUGGAAUGGGCGCAGAUAAUAAACCCUUUGUCUGCUGCACUCAGGAUACGGGUUAUGUGAGGAACCAGCGACAGACUCCCAGUUUUCCAGACUACGAUGGUUUUGGCGGAGAUUGGGAGGAGGAGAGGCCACAGAGCUUCGUUUUUCCGCGACAAGAAUCGCGUCCUUGGAGCUUUGGCAACCAAAAUAACCAGCAGGGCGGUGAAAGGACUACGCUUCAGAGAGCCUCAACUGGUGAUGGCUCCAAUUUACUGCCCCAGCCGCCCAGCUGCGGGGGCGUAGCUAUUAGAAACAGGAUCUACGAUGGCCAGGAUACGGACCUAAAUGAGUUUCCUUGGAUGGUCCUCUUGGAGUACCGCAGACGAACUGGAAAUGGCCUUUCCACCGCCUGUGCAGGAUCCCUGAUCAAUCAGCGAUAUGUCCUUACCGCUGCCCAUUGUCUAACGGGAAGGAUCGAACGGGAGGUCGGAUCACUUGCCUCGGUGAGAUUGGGUGAGCAUGACACACGCACGGCAGUGGAUUGCCCCCCGGGCGGAGGAAGUUGCUCGCCGGAGGUCCAGCGUUUGGGCUACGAGGAGAUCCGGGUUCACGAAAGAUAUAAUGAAAAGGCUACGAAUCAAGUGCACGAUAUUGGUUUGAUUCGCUUGGAGCGGAAUGUUCGGUACUCGGAUAAUAUACGACCUAUUUGCUUGCCCUCGUCUGUGGGUUCGGAGGUCCGUCAGCCGGGUCAACAGUUCACCGUAGCCGGUUGGGGAAGGACUCUAAAGUCGGCCCGUAGUGCCGUCAAGCAGAAGGUGACCCUGAGUUAUGUGGAUCCCGCCAAGUGCCGUCAGAGAUUCUCGCAGAUCAAGGUGGCCGUGGAAUCCACGCAACUCUGUGCCGGUGGACAAUUCCGACAGGAUAGCUGCGACGGCGAUUCGGGUGGACCUCUGAUGCGUUUCCGUGGCGAUUCCUGGGUCCUCGAGGGCAUCGUGUCCUUCGGCUACAAGUGCGGACUGAAGGACUGGCCUGGUGUCUACACAAAUGUGGCUGCCUACGACAUCUGGAUCAGGCAGAAUGUGCGGGCUUAAAGACGAGAACAAUGAACUCCCCGGAGAAGUUCAAAGCGAAAAUUGUGAUCUUUACUAUCCUUAGCUUAGGUGCUAACUUAGAUUUUAGUUGACUUUUGGAAUAUUUAUUACAUUACUGAAAAUACAAAUUAUAUGAAAGCUACAA